AUGGCUGAUAUAGGGGCUAACACCGCGAUAGAUGAAGUCUUGAAGACAUCUGGACUUACUAGUCCGAGCACCAUAGUCAUACCUCACCUCGAUCUUGAGCUUGGGGGAUCACUCAAGAAUGUUCCUGUAUCAUACACGACAUAUGGCACGCUCUCGCCCUCUGGGAACAACGCCAUUGUGAUAUGCCAUGCUCUAAGUGGAAAUGCAGAAGUGGGUGUCUGGUGGCGCGCCCUUCUGGAAUACGGAGCUGGGGCAGCCAUUGAUACGUCGAAGUACUUUGUUGUCUGUAUGAACUGUUUGGGGUCACCAUAUGGUACCGCCAGCCCAUUGACUCCCAAGAAUGGGGAUCCAACCCUCGGUCCCUACGGGCCUGACUUCCCCUUGACCACCAUCCGAGACGACGUCCGGCUCUUUCGUUUGACCCUUGACACUCUCGGCGUCAAACAAAUCGCCUCCGUUAUUGGAGGAUCGAUGGGUGGCAUGCAUGUGAUAGAGUUCGCAUACUUUGGCCCGGAAUAUGUCAGAAGUAUUGUACCCAUCGCGACCUCCGCAAGCUACAGUGCAUGGGGCAUUGGAUGGGGAGAGAUGCAACGGCAAUGCAUCUAUAGCGACGCUCGGUUCCAUAAUGGAAACUACGAUCAAGAUGAUCCGCCGGUGACGGGCUUAGCAGCCGCACGAAUGGCCGCAAUGCUUUCUUACCGAAGUCAGAAGUCCUUCCAGGCACGAUUUGGACGCAAAUCUGAUGACAGAAGAAUUAACAUAUCUGACCUCAACCAAAGUGGAAGAUCUCUGCUUUCCGUUCAGUCUUAUCUACUAUACCAAGGGAAAAAGUUCAUUAAUCGCUUCGACGCCAACUGCUAUAUCGCGCUCACGCAUAAGCUUGACACCCACGAUGUGUCUCGCGGUCGAUGUGAUACAAUUGAAGAAUGUUUAGCCUUGGUGAAGCAGCCUGCGCUGAUUCUGAGUAUUCGCUCAGAUGUUCUUUUCACCUUCGAAGAGCAGUUGCAGUUGCACCAAGGAAUUCCCGGGUCUGUCCAUCACGAGAUCAUUUCUGAAGAUGGUCACGACGGCUUUCUGUUGGAAACAGAUCAAAUCAACAGAUUUAUCUUCGAUUUCUUGCAGAGACUGGAAGCGAAGCGCGAGAGUCCGCCCGCCACCGCGCCUGGUGACGGCUUUGGGGUUUGGGAUACAAUAUGGAGUUCUGCUAUUGGGGGUGCAGCGUGGCUGGCAUCGACCCUCAAUAUGAGUGGGACAAAGACAUACUGA